AUGCCUCACCUCCGCUGGUUGCCGUCUAUGCUCUCACGCUCGUCUGCGGCGACGGCGCCGCAUACGGGUCUUGGGCAAGGCAGCCAUGCGGGACAUGCGGGACACACGACGUUACCGACCCUCUCGUCCGGUUUGCGAAUGGGGACCCCUAACACUACGCCGCAGCAGCAUCUGCCGCAGCAAAGUCCCGUUCAUCAUCCGCAGGCGCAAAUCCAUCCGCAUGCUCAUGCCCACGCCAAUACACAUGCGCACACGCACCCGCACUCUCAUUCGCAUCAGCACUCGCACUCGCACUCGCACUCGCAGCCGCCGCCACAUUCGCAGGGCCGCCAUACCGGGGGUUCGGUGGUGGUGGAAGGGCGACGGGGUCAACAGACGCAACCGCAGCAUCGUCAGCAUCAACAACACCCACAGCAUCCGCAACAGGCUGAGUCGAUGGAGAGCUCGGACAGCGAGCAGUCGGAUGGAGGACAUCGAGAAGGGCGCGGAGGCAGCGGGCCCGAUGGGUCCGAGGAAGUGGAAUACAUGCCAUCGCCAGGCGAGAACACGCCGUCUCGUCGGGCAGGAGGGCGUGGACGAGCAGACGACGGACACGGGAGUAACCACCAUGGGGCCGAUGGGAGGUCCGCCAUGAACCCGGUCAUCAUUGACCACUCGAUGGGGGACGAGGUGGGGAAUGCCGGCGGCGACGGUGCAGGCGCAGACGCAGACGGAGCGAAUGACAAUUCGCGCAAGCACGGCAAGCGGCUGACGACGAAGGAAGAGGUCUCGCUGUUCGACAUCUGCAACCGGCACGCGGAGGAGUUUGGUCAACGCAGCAACCUCUGCAACUGGUGGCGGACCGUGACGGCGGAGUUCACGAGCGAGCAAGGACACCCGUACUCGUGGCACUCCGUGCGGCGGAAGGUCGAGAUUGUGACGAAGCAACGCAUGAAGUUCCUGGAGGAUCAGCGCGAAAAGGGCGGCAGCGAGGCCGACGACAUGUCGAAUCCGCGAUGGCGCGCGUCCGUGGAUGCGUGGAUCCCGACGUGGCAGCGGUGGGAGGAUGCGGAGGCUCGCCGCAUCGAGAAGCGGGAUUCGCGACGGCCUCGGAAGAGGAAGGAUCGCUCAUGGGAGUCGUCGGGAGGAUGGGAGGAGGGGCCAACGAACUCAUCUGACGGGGGCUGGAGAGCGACGUCGAGUCCCCUCGUGAACCAGUCCUCCUCGUUCCUGCCGCCGUCGGCUACGCAGUCGCCGCAGGUCCGCUUGCCCCCAGGCUUUGAUAACAUGUUCAACUCGCCGGUAGUUGGCGGAACAAGCCCUGCAACGAAGGCGGCGGGCCCAUCGUCAACCAUGGGGAAUACGUCCAUGCCAGACAAUAACAUGAUGUCGGCCAUGUUAGAGACACUCGGCAAGCUGAACAAACACCUCGACACGGUCAACACGGACCAGCAGAAUGCCUCGCCGCUGGCCUCAUCUCUCGCCGGGUCGAAUCAACGAGAUCAAAACCCCCGACGAGACUCUCAGCAGGACUCCGACGGCGAAGACUCCGAGCCGACAGGCCUCUCUGCCGCGGCCAUUAGCAAAUUUAAAGAGGAGUUGCGGCAGGAAAUGAGGCAGGAGAUCCGGAAUGAAUUGGAGAAGGACCGGGCGGCGUUCGAGGACCGAUUGGAUUCGGUGCAGAGGACGCAGGACAUGAUUCUGGAGAUGUUGAGACAGGAACCGGUUUAG